UUUGAAACAAAAGAAACUCUUCAGCUGAUAAUCAAUACAAGAAGAAAAAUCUAGAUAGAUCUAGAGUGUCUAAAUAUUAGAAUCUAGAGUAGAUAUCAAUAGAUCUAGAAAUAUGUAGAAACUGAUCAUUAGCUGUUGUUGUUGGUAUUUGAGACUUAGUUCUAUAAUAUUUUUUAAAACGAAAAUCUCCUCCGCCUGCCCUAUGGUCUGCGGCUCUUUUGAAGCCUGCUUUGUUAUCUCUACUCUGAGCCUUAGCCUCUCGUUUACAGACUGUUGGAGAGACUAAUUGGAGAAUGGAUUUAAAUAGGGAAGAGUCUCCACUUGCCGAUUUCUUGGCACCUAUGACAGAAAGUGGAAUAAGUACAAGCAGAUCAUUAAGCAAUGAACCUUCUUAUCCAGGAGAGUUAAACAUCGAGACAGAUCUGUCUGUACCAAGUACUCCUAGUGCCAGCCCAUCUCCCAGUGCUAAUGCUAGUCCUCUGGUUGGUACCUUUCAUCAAGACACAUCCACCAAAUUGUCAGCAUCUGAAAAGCCAGCCUCCUCGCCAAAAUCAAGUCGCUGUAGUACUCCAGAAAAAAGAUCUUCCUCGGAAAGAGAAAGAUCUUCUGACAGAGAGAAAACCCCAGACAAAAAUGCGAGUCAGGACAAAUCUUUGCCAGCAGAAAGUGUUGCUUCCACUUCCACCGCUGGACCCUCAUCAGAAAGAAAAAGAAAAUUAGAAUUGACUGAAGAAGACUUGAAACAAGCUGCUAAAAAGCAUCAAAAACAAGAGGAAGAAAGGAUGAAAAUGCAUUUUGCCUCUGUUAAAGAAAGGGUCCUUGUUUCCAAUUUUUCUGAAGAGCAGCUAAAUAGAUAUGAAAUGUACAGAAGAGCAACAUUUCCAAAAUCAGCCAUCAGAAAAUUGAUGCAGAACAUUAUUGGCACCAGUGUUUCACAAAAUGUUGUAAUAGCCAUGUCUGGCAUCUCAAAAGUCUUUGUUGGUGAACUUAUUGAAACAGCUCUUGACAUAAUGGAAAAAUGGGGAGAAUCUGGUCCAUUACAACCUCGGCAUUUGAGGGAAGCAGUCAGAAUCUUAAAGUCUAAAAGUAUGAUGCCUACUACAAAAUAUAAAAAGAUUUUAUUUUAUUGAUUGAGUUUGUUCUUUUUGUAUUUCUUUUUGUUGAGUUUUUUUUUAAUUAUCAAAAUCUUUUAUCUACUGACACAAACUUGUUUUCACACUCUGAAGCUGGGUCUUUCUACAAGACUCUAUUGGUUUGCCUAACAAAAAAAAAUGCAAAGCUGCAAUAAAUUCAGAAUAUUUCUUGCUCUCUAGGAGCACAAGAAUUGUGUAAAUGGUGGGUAUUGUGGAAAAAGUCAUUAAUGAAGUGCCUACAUUGAGUUUCUUGGCUCUCAGUUAAAAUCUUUGGAUAAUGUAGUAGUGUUUGAAAUUUCAAUGCAGAAGCCAUGGCGAUCUGUGAAGCCUUAAAAGUCAUGGACUCGACAUGUGAGGGCAACAGUUUGUCGAAACCUAUGCUACUGGCUUUGCAAAGCCCUGGACAUGGCACCACAAUAUCGACACUGUCAUCAUUGGCUUCACACAUUGUAAACCCAUUGGCUUCACACAUUGUAAACCAAUGCUGUGGUAUCCAUGUAAUAAUACUGAGAAAAUAGGUGUGACAUGCAAUACCAUUGCAGAAUCCUUGGCCCUCCAGGGAAGGCUAACACCAACUACCGAGCUGGCUGUGAGUAACAAUCUGAAAAUAGAAAUGGAAAAGUUGUUUGAGUGCUGGAACAAGUCCCAAAAAGCCCACUGAGUCUGGGAGCACAUGAGGCACUCUGACCCCGCUUCCCUGUGGUGGACGCUGUCCAGGCCUUAGCAAGCCAUUAUAGCACAGUGUAGGACAGUUCACUUUCCUGUUGGCUCAUAUUUCCCAAGGUUCAGGCCAAACUUCAACUUGAUGUGCCCUUGCUGGGAGAAUGAAGAAGCCAUGUCUCAUAUUCUUUUUGACUGCCCCAGACUUGAUCUCCAUCUUGACAGGUCUGGGAAACCACAAACUCUUGACCUGUAUGAUGACAUAUAUGCACUAAGUAUAACAUUGGGGUUUCUGUGAAGGGAUUUGAACCACUCAAUCCCUACACAAAUGGAGUUUGAUGAUGAUUAAUGAGUUGUCCCAUUACCUCAGAGCAUUGAUCACACUGCAUACAAAAGUAAAAAAUGCUGCCCCCUUUUUUUUUUCUAGAAAAAAAAUUCUUACCAAACAUUUUUCAGUUUCUUAUUAUUUAAAUAUAGAAUCAGUUUGUAAGGGUGCAUGCUUAAACAGUUGAACACAUAUUGCUAAUCACUUAGUCAAAAAUAAAAGUCUUCACCAUAAAUAUUUCAAACAAAAACAUUUUUUAUCAAAUAAAAACACUUAACUUAUUUCCAAUACUUUUAAUUGACAAUCAAGAAUUUAAAACAUUUUCUUUGCUCUCAUUUAUUGCACAUUUUUAAAAUAGAAAUUCUAAAUCGUGAUACACUUAUCAGAUGAUUGAUUUAUUUCAUGGCCAACCUGAUAGUCUUUCGACAUCACUGAUUUUAGGUAUUUUAAAAAAUCUUUUUUAUUUUAAAAAUAACAGUUUGUCGGUUGCCACUGACACAGGUAGUUUUACAAAUUUGAUGUACAAUUAUUAAAUUUGAACAAGAUAAGGAUAAAUUUUUUCUAAAAAUAUUUUAUGUUUCAAAUUAAUUUCUAUUGCUCUUAAUUCUUUAAAUAAAGUUCCUUUCUAUUUAUUUUUUAUUGGUUUUAUGUAGAAUCAAUUAGUUUAGACUGUACAUUGAAACAAUGUUUCUGCAAAUCUUUGUUCUUGCAACAUCCCAAACCUAACAUUUAAUACAUUUAUUGUUGUAUCAAUUAUGGCAUUGAACAAGAUUUUAAAAUAGUUAUAAGGGUCAUUAACACUUUCAUCAUCAUUUUCUUUUUCUCAAUCUAGAUUUUUUUUUUUUAUGCAAAAAUUUUUUAUCAGUGUCUCUUAACAUAAGCCAGUUUUCUUGCUUCAAAUAUUUGCAAAAUUUUUAUCAUAUCUAAGGUCUAUAAAAUAAUUUUAACCUUUUCCAUUGCUUAGAAAAUAUUCCAUUUAGGCUGCUGUAUCAAUUUAAUAAAUUAUGCCUUAAAGCAA